CCAGACCGCUCCUCUGCGGGCGAAUCUGAUGAAUUUGCCCGCGCACGUGCGCGCACUGCAAAAUGCCCCGCCACAGGUCGCCAGGGGCAGUUUCUCGUCCCGCCCCAGGGCCCGCAGGUGGCCCUGGGGGCAGGCGUGGAGGACCGCUGCCCGGGUGCACGGCGCACUCCGCCCCGCGUCUGGGCGCUGGAGCCCCGCCCGCUGCCCUGCGAGCCGCCCACCGGAAGAGCCCCGAGCAGUGCCUGGAGGAAGUCGGAGGGAUGUUGGCCCCCCUUGGGAAGGAGGCCCUCCACGCCGAGCUGGCGGAGCUGAUCCGCCGGGAUGCCGGGGGGUCCGCGGGGGAGCCGAGAUCGCAGGGGUCUGGCGCUCCCGGCGUUGGGGCCGCGUGAGCUCCAGCCGCACCGCGCGCGCCCGGCGGGUACCGCCAGGGCCCCGGACGGUCGGGCCUUCGAAGUCCCCAA